AUAAAAAUGUCCUGAUAAGUCUGGACUCAUUUAACUUCUGUUGACCAGAGCCAGAGGAAAUGGCCCAAAUCAGAACUCUUGUGUUUUCUCUCCUGUUAUUGAUUCAAGCAUGUCCUCCAGCUUUGGCACAGACAGAAGCUCCAGAACAACCCGACUCGCCAGGAAUAUUGCAGAGGCUGACAGAAAGGGCCAGGUAUUUGAAAGCAGCACACUUGUGAAUUCGCAAGCUAAAGCUAAAAUCCAGUCCAUUGGAGACACAGCGCUCGGAUUUGCUGGUGCUUACUACGAAGACCACAUCCAACCAGUGGCCAGCAGCUAUGUUGAGUGGGCUUCUAAUGUUAGAAUGUCCCUGCGGGAGAGAAUGCAGAAAACCAUUGACAACUACAGACCAUUUGACAAAUAGUCCAGCUAACCAAGUCCCUUAGAAUUGAAAAUAAACUUGCAUUGAAAAAUCUUACGGUUCUUGCCUCUUAUUGCUGAGCUCAUCAUUCAUCCACAUUUGUCAGUAGGGGCUGCUCAUCAUGAAGAGCAAAUCAUUAACAUGAGGAUUUUUGUUAAACAUCA